ACUACGACAGUGAAACCGAAGCUGUCCAUUUUCCAAUUUCCAAUCAUCCGUAGGAGAGAGAGCAACAAAUUCAACAGCUGCCAAUCCAUCUUCUCAUCAGUCCACCAAAAGUCACCGGAGCUCAAAAACAUCACCGGUUCUCGAUUAAAGCUUCUAACUUUCUUUUUUGUCCUUCUUAGUUUUUUGGUAAAGGUUGAAUUUCAUAUACGGAUCGCUUCCUGCUCCUUCUUCUACAAUUUGCUUCUGAUCUCUAGCUCCGUACGCAGCCCAGUUGGGCAGGUAAAUAAGCAAUAGAGAUGGGUAUUUACCUCAGCUCUCCUAAAACAGAGAAAUUCUCAGAGGAUGGUGAGAAUUAUAGGCUCAGAUAUGGCUUGUCAUCCAUGCAAGGUUGGCGUGCAACCAUGGAAGAUGCUCAUGCUGCAUUACCUGAUUUGGAUGCUUCCACUUCGUUCUUCGGUGUUUAUGAUGGUCACGGAGGUAAAGUAGUUGCGAAGUUUUGUGCAAAGUUUCUUCAUCAGCAGGUCCUAAGAAGCGAAGCAUAUAUGGCUGGAGAAAUAGGAACUUCUGUUCAGAAAGCAUUUUUCAGAAUGGAUGAGAUGAUGCGUGGACAAAGAGGAUGGCGGGAAUUAGCUGUUUUGGGUGAUAAAAUAAACAAGUUCACAGGCAUGAUAGAAGGGCUGAUAUGGUCUCCAAGGAGUAGUGAUAGUAAUGACCAACCUGAUGAUUGGGCUUUUGAAGAGGGCCCACAUUCUGAUUUUUCUGGACCAACUUCUGGGAGCACAGCAUGUGUUGCAAUUAUUAGAAACAACCAACUUGUUGUUGCAAAUGCUGGUGAUUCUCGAUGUGUGAUAUCUAGAAAGCGCAAGGCAUAUGAUCUAUCUAGAGAUCACAAACCUGACCUUGAGGCUGAGAGAGACAGGAUUUUAAAAGCUGGUGGUUUCAUACAUGCAGGACGGGUCAAUGGCAGUUUGAACCUUGCAAGAGCUAUCGGUGACAUGGAAUUCAAGCAGAACAAAUUUUUGCCUGCUGAAAAGCAAAUUGUAACAGCCAAUCCAGAUAUAAACACGGUUGAGCUUUGCGACGAUGAUGAAUUUAUUGUGCUGGCAUGUGAUGGAAUAUGGGACUGCUUAUCGAGCCAACAACUAGUAGAUUUUAUUCAUGAACAACUGAGUAUGGAAAGCAAGCUUUCUGCAGUGUGUGAGAGAGUACUGGAUAGGUGCUUAGCACCAUCAACAGCCGCGGGUGAAGGGUGCGACAACAUGACCAUGAUGUUGGUGCAGUUUAAGCAACCAAUCCAGCACACUGCCUCUUCCAAUGAACAAUCCUCGGAAUCCGAAUUUGCUGACUCUGGAUCUAAACAAAAAGAAAACGAAUCGAAGUAGCUGCUUAUCUGUUGAUGUCUCAUCAGAUGCCAUUGUCCAGUCCCCUGGCUAGAAGAAUGUACAAGGGUCCUCCAUUUUCUUGAAAAGUUGGAUCCUUUUUAUAACUUUGUAGAUCUUUUAGAUCUUUUGAAGAGAAUGGGAUGAAAGAUUGAGAAAUUCUGUUCCAUUAUCAUUGUGCUGCAUGUGUGCUUUACAUUUGAACCACAUUAUCACAUUCAAUAACAUGUACAGCUCUUUGUGAACA